GAUCAGCUGAGCUGAAAGAAACCAAAGGAACUAAAGCCAGCAGUUGCUGCACGUGUUUAUGAUAAACUAAACGUAUUCGCACAUUUGUACUCUAAAUUUCACAAUUUGGAAUCUCAAACCUAAUUUAUCAAAAUGCCGAAGGUUAAAGCUGAGAAAAAAUCUCGACAACACCAGGAGGUGAAGAGUCAAGGAAUUAUGUUUAAUACUGGUAUUGGUCAGCAUAUUUUAAAAAAUCCAUUGGUUGUCAACGGCAUCAUAGAGAAGGCAGCAUUACGACCCACAGAUGUGGUUCUGGAAGUUGGUCCUGGAACUGGUAACAUGACUGUCAAACUUCUGGAGAAAGCCAAGAAGGUGGUUGCAUGCGAGUUGGACACCAGGCUUGUUGCUGAGCUUCAGAAACGAGUCCAGUGCACUCCAAUGCAAAACAAGCUUCAGAUCCUCAUAGGAGAUGUCCUCAAGACAGAGCUCCCCUUUUUUGAUGUCUGCGUGGCUAACUUGCCGUAUCAGAUAUCAUCACCUUUCGUGUUCAAGCUGUUACUUCACAGGCCAUUCUUUAGGUGUGCUGUGCUGAUGUUUCAGAGGGAAUUUGCCAUGCGGUUGGUGGCUAAACCUGGAGACAAGCUAUACUGCAGGCUGUCCAUCAACACACAGCUCCUAGCCCGUGUGGACCACCUCAUGAAGGUGGGAAAGAAUAAUUUCAGACCACCUCCAAAAGUAGAGUCCAGUGUGGUGAGGAUAGAGCCCAAAAAUCCUCCACCGCCUAUCAACUUCCAGGAAUGGGAUGGUCUUGUCAGAAUUGCAUUUGUCCGAAAGAACAAAACACUCAGUGCUGCCUUCAAAUCUGCUGCGGUGGAACAGUUAUUGGAGAAGAACUACAGAAUCCAUUGCUCUGUGCAUAACAUAGAAAUACAGCAGGAUUUCAACAUUGCUCAGAAAAUUGAAAGCAUCCUCCAAGAGUCGAAGUUUAGUGACAAGAGGGCACGUUCCAUGGAUAUAGAUGAUUUCAUGGUGCUUCUUCAUGCAUUCAACUCCACUGGGAUACACUUCUCCUAAGACUUAAGAAACAGUGAACAGCUACUAGGCUGACAGGAAGUGAUGUCACAAUCUUCUAUUUUGUUGAUGCUAUGUGAAGAAAUUAAUGAUAUUUCUUUUCAAUGGACAUGCAAUGGGACAACUAAUCACUCAAGCUGGAAAUGUUGUGUGCCUUUCCUGAAUCAGGAAGUAUUUGUGAACUUUAAUCAGAGCUAAAACUAGUGACUGUUAAGAGGUUUUGAAGAGGACAUUUUGGGGUUUUGUAACUUAUCUUUAUGUACUCACUCUGUAGUUGUGAGUAAACCAGUUUACUCUUCAUAAAUCUGAGGUUGUCAUAAAGAAUAUUAAACUUCACCCCAUCAGUCUCAGCACUGCACACACAACAUACUAUCCCUCCACUGUGUACUGCUCAAUACUGAACUGUCAAACUGAGAAAUUAUAAACCGCUAACACUUCACAAUAAGGUUCAGUUGAUUAACCUUAAUGCAUGUAUCAGGUGUCAUGAACUAAUUGAUGGCAUUUUUACAUCUUAAUGUUAAUUUUUGAAUCUAUUCAUUGUUAAUUUUGUAAACUGGUAACUAAUUGUCAAGUGUUACCUAUACAUUUUUAUUAAUAAUCUACCUACUGUUAUGGUAAUAAGGUUACUGGCUAUUCUCGAAUUCAUUAAAGACCUGUUUCUUGGGAAGGUUUAACUGCACAAGGUCUGAAAAAGUAUUGUUAAAACUUCAGUAUUUAAAAAUCGAGAACAGGAUCUGCAUAUAAAUGUUUAGACUUUAAAAGAAACUUGAGAAAACGUUUGUCUGUGUGAGACUUGUCAGUAGUGUGUUUCUAUUCUAAAUCACUUUGAACUGUUCAAAGAGACACUCAACAGCUUUAAACUGUUGUGCUGUCAGUGAAGCCGAGUUUCAGAUCCUCCUCCUGUUUUGAUGCAGGAGGAAAGUGAAAGUUCUGAAAGAAAUCUGAACUUGAGAAAAGUUGCUCUGAUGCAACAGUUAUAUAGAUAAAA